AAAGACAGUUGGGUUUCGAGACCCAAAACGAACACAGAUUUUUUUUUUUUGAAAAUUUGAGAGGGAAACUGCGUAGUAUUUAGGUUGAAGGGGGCGGGAGCUGCUCGUAGGGUUUCACUGCGAGAGAGAAAGUGGUGAAAACAUGAGGAAGACAUAAUAGGCAAACCAGUUCUCCUCUCACUCUUACCAGAAAAAUCUCUACUUCGUCUCUCCAAACUCGAUUCAGCACCAGACCUCGACGCCCGCCAUGGUUUCCCGCAAUGUGCUUAUCGACAUGCUUCUGUCCGAUUCCUCUUCCGACGACAACUCAGCGGUGUUCAUCAUGUUAGUUUUUCUAUACCGAAAGCGUCUCAAUCGCCGAAAACGAGAAGAAGAGCGUCUUGAUCGCCGGAAAAGAUCCCGAAUCCGCCGGCUCCGUCGCCAGUCUCGAUCACUCCCGAGGCCUUUUGUUCCUUCACACCCUGAAUUGCAGGCAAAUGAUGAUGAUGUUGUGUUUGUUGGAGAGUACGAUGAAUCUCUCUCUUAUUCUUCCGGAUAUGAGGGAGAGGAUAGCUCUGCAGAUGAAGUUGAUGUUAACUCAUCAGGUUCACUUACAAAGGACGAUGAUAUCGGAAUAAAAGAUGAUGGACAAGGUGAUGCUAAUGUUGUGAAUACACUGUCUAACACUGUGGCCGAAGAAAACUGUAUCCCGUCUGAUGUAGGCUGCAUCUUGAAAUGUAAAUCGGGUUUCAAGUGCAGGCUAUGCCCAAGAAUAGUUUGCAUGACAGAGGAGACCUUGAAGGCUCAUCUGAAAUCCAAGAGACAUGCCCGCUCUGAAACAUUACUUAAUAAAGGGAGGCUGCGGCUCAUUCGGAACAGUGAUGGCGAAGUUGAGGGAGAGGUAGAUGCUGGUGCAGAGAGGCGUGCUCGAAUUGCAGCUGCUGCACUGGUUCCAGCUAACUCAAGGAAGGAAAAAGAGGUGCGGCAGAAAUGGAGGAACAGGCUAAAGAAGAAGAAGGGAGAAGAUGCAAACUUGGUUAAAGCCAGCCUAUCAGCAAAGCAUCCAGCAAAGAAAAAGCUUAAAUUUGAGGAUUGAAGCUUCUGGUAAGUAUGUUGGCUUGUAGACAGUGAACUGGGAUGUAUAAUCAAGAAACAGAACAUGGACAUAGUUUGUGGUUUUUUUUGUGUGCUGCAAACAAAGAGCUGGUAUAGUCCUACAAUUUUUUGGCCGAACCCGUGCAAAGGGCUACUUGAAUGUGAAUGUACCAUGACAUUGCUGUUGCUUUUUCUACCCUUCUGCAGAUUGGGUUUGUGUGUAUCUUCCUGUCACCUGUUUAGAGACAAAUAGGCUUUUCAGCAAUAACAUUACCGGCUCGAAGCUUUGCAUUUUAUAGUUU